AUGGCAGCCAGAACACCAAAAUAUCCACUGGGCUCUCCUCAAGAGCAUAUUGAAAUGUGUAAAACCCACGAUUUACCUAUUGAUGUUAUAUGUGAGGACUGUGAUGAAUUUAUUUGUGGUAAAUGUGCUAAAACAGAUCAUAAGGAGCAUGAAUGGAGCACUCUACCCACGGCAGCCACCCAAAGGAGGAGGGGUUUACUUAAGUUUCUGAAGAAGAUCAAGGAAAAGAAUCUGCAUGGGAUAAAUGAAAAAAUCGAGAAAGUGUCAAAUCAGAUCACAGAAAAUAAAGAACUGUGUGACACUCAGAUUAAAAAACUUCAGAGGCAUGUUGAUGAGAUAAUGGCCAGGUUGACAGAAAUCAGGGAAAAUAAUGAACGAAGAUUAACAGAGGAUUUGGAGGAAAAAAAUAAAAAGUUGAACAGUGUGAAAUCUGAGCUAAACAAAAGGAAGAAAGAAAUAGAAGAGAUGGUAAUGUUUAUGGAGGAUAACAACAGCACCAUGUCUGAUUAUGGCUUCCUUGACAAUCACAGGGAACUUAUGGCACGCCGAUUGGUUCAAAAUUAUUUUCUGCACAACGAUCACGAUUUUAUACACGAGCUAGAAGAAAAAUAUACACGA